UUUAGGCUCUGCACUGCGUGGAAAAACUGACAUACAGGUUUACACUGAUGUCAGCAACGCAAGGAAACCCCUCGGGCAUAGAUUCUCCACCACCAUGAGUCAGAUGAAGUCUGGCUUUCCUCCAGAUGAAACAUGAUCACAUUUCCAGACUGAUCCAGUUGAGGUGAAGCAACCGGCAUUGAUUAAGAGAAGACAGAAGGGACUCCUCGCACACUCUCAUUCAGCCUCUUUGAGAAGAAGGGAUGGCAUGGGGGGGGGAAGCUAUCAGAGCAAAUCCAGGUGAACCAGAACAAUGACUUUCAGUCUCAACUUCCUGCCAAUACACAGUGCAGGCCUCGCAUUGCUGGUGGCCUGUAUGUUCAGCCUGCGGGCGUUGUUGCUGCUUCGCUCCCCUCGCAUCUCAACCAAGCCCUCCACUGUGCUCCUGCGCCAGCUGGCUCUUACAGACAGUCUUGUGCUGCUGCACUGGAUGCUUCAUCUGGGAGUGAUACUGGCCUGGUGGAUGGAGGAGGCGGGCUGUGAGAUUACGAUGGGCCUCAUGAAGCAGGAGGAAUCAAUUUGGUGGAGGGAGGCUGUGAGCUUGCUCUGUCAGCAGCUGCUUGAUGCUCACCACCUGGCCUCACUGCUCCUGCUAGGGCUGUUGGGACUGGAGGCCACGCUGGUGUCACGCUGGCCUCAGCAGACCCGGAGAUUCAGGACUUCUCGCUGGGCGCACCUCAGCUGCAGCCUGGUCCGGAUACUUGUGCUGCUAGAACUGUUGUUCUCGCUCCACUUAAAACUUGUGCAGUACACCCAAUCUCAGCCUUUCCUCCCAACACUACAAAACUCUCAAACUCCCUCUCUGGGCCCAGUGCCUGUUCCCUCCCCUCCACCUUUCUCCUCUUGCCUGAGGAGGACAUUAUGGCUGGUGAAUCUAUGGUUGCAUUAUGCUGUUCUCCAUAGCAAACAUCAGAGGAGAAAGAGCUUCUUUCAUUAA